GCGCGAUCACCUCAUCGCCACGGGUGUGUCUCUCCUGAUGCCGUCAUCUUACAAAGCGAAGUAGGCAAUCAAAUCCCCCGGGUGGAAGGCGAGUCUCCCACCGACUGUGCCAAGCAUGAACGAGAUGAUUGCUCUCAGCGUUUGUAUUCUAAACGAUCAGUGUACAGCUGAAACGGUGCCAUCUGGAUACGAAACUAUAGAUAGAACGUUUUUCGAUUUGGGCCCGGGAUCGGGCGCGACGAAGGGGGAGUUUCGAGGGUUUAGUCGGUGGUUUGAGGAUAUAUUGGAAGCAGGACAGAUGCAUGAGGUGCCGGAGAAGUGGCUCAAGUUUGAGAAGCCAGCCGAACGGAGAUUUGACUUGUAACAGUGAGGAGAGGCUAUGGCAUGAUCAUGGAUCUCGGAUUUCCUACGUCUUGGGACCGCCCAGUUUCUAUCAUGACGUGUGGAACGCAGUCUGGUAUACUAACAUGUAUCACACGUCCGUGCCAAUAGGAACGGGUAUGCAGUUCUAGCUUCAGUCACCAAAGAAAAUGGUCGGCUCGCCCUGCUCUCGUGUCUCUUCAAUAGUCUAAGGACAGGGCCUUGAGGAAGGAUAUUCUCCCUACUCGGCUCCCGCCAAGAGCGGAGAUUUUCAGUCUUCACGCUUUUAUACCAGAUGCCCACUGCACGAAGUAGA